AUGGUGGUCGAUAUUGCCCCACAGCAACAGCUGACUGAGGUUUUCACCACUAAUCAUUGCCAUCAUCGGUCAUCAUCAUCAUCAUCAUCGUCAUCGUCAUCGUCAUCGUCAACACAUAGACGAAGUUCAACAACGACAAAUAAUGCAUCUUCAUCGGCAUCAAAUAAUAAUACAAUGGCGAAUGGACAUCGAUUAUUGUCUGAUGAACUUGGCAAAAAAGCUGAACAAAUUCUUGGACAUGCAACAACUAUUUUAGAGUGUCGUAGACAAAUUAGUAUAGAUUUUCAUGCCCAACAUCCUCCUCGACUGAAUAUUACUACAUCUAAACCCAAUAUACCACCACGUAAUAAUAUAUCAAGUAUGAUUUCUUCAACUACUGUAAAUAAUCCAUUGACAAUUACACCUUCGAUGUUGACUAAUACGGUUAUUUCUGAUAGUUCAAGUGGAAAAAGUAAAAGUUCGGUUAUUGUUGAACGCCUUGUUCCACUGGUUUUAGAACUAGUCUCAACACCUAAGUUUAAGACGUUACCUGAAAGAAUAUCUAGGCGUCAAUCAAAUUCAAAACCUUUAAAAAAUGUUAUGGAAAGUCGUGAAAUGGCUCUUGCUUUACAUCGAGAAAGUAUUCUAAAACUCAGUGAUGAUGAGAAUGAAGAAGACGAUGAUGAUACUCUCAAUAAUACAAAUACAGUAUUGACUGAAAUAAUUGACAUUAAAAUGGAUAACAACAGCAUAAAUCAAAAUAAUAGUAAUGAUAAUCAUCUUCCUCAUUCAUAUGAGAAUCAAAUUGAACCCCAACAUUCCGGUAUAAGUAGUAGUCCGUGUCAAGAAGAUGGAGACAGUGAAGAUGAAGACAGUGAUAAUCAAGAGGCUGCCCACAGUGAUGCCGAGAAUGAUGAAGGAACAAAUGAAACGAAUCCAGAUACAUUAUCAUUAAUGGAUUUUGUACGUGGAAAAGAAACACUUUCUGAACCUGUUAAUGCUUCAUUAAAUCAUUCACCAGAACCGUUAUUAAAUAUAAAUAAACGAAGCAUACUACCUGAAAUACAAUGUGAAAGUGAUAAUUAUGUACAUAAUUCUGAAAAUCAUCAAAAUAAACGUAAAAAAAUACUUAUCAAACGAGCAUUAUUAAAAUCAUUUAUAUCAUCUGUAAAUACUAAAAUUAAUUUAAAACGGCCUUCACUCUCAAUAGCUAUUCCGACACAUCUAUUUUUGGAUCAAUCACUAUCUGAUUUCAUUAAACAAGAUGACCAACUUGUCGAAAGAUCACAACGAAUAUCAAAAAGAUAUUCUGACGGUUUACUCAAACAUGAUACAAAUGUAGAAGUAACCGAUGGUUUAUCUCAGCCUUCAAGCUCUUCAUUGAACAAUCAAACAACAUCAAAUGGUACACAUCUAAAAAAGUCUAAAACUAGUCAUGUGCAAGAAAAAUCUUUGUACAAACAAGAUCCAACAACGACUCCUUCAACAGCAACAACUAUAGAAAAGAAUGAGACAACCUUAAUUUGCAAUACGACUUCAACAAAUGAUUUAGAUAAUAAAGCCCGUCCUGCAUCAAUAUCGACAGCAAAUACCACGAGUGUCACUCCAAUUACAACAGUGCAACCUAAAAAAGAAAAACCAACCGCUAAUGUUCGACCACUUCAACAAUCAGCAUCAAUUGAUAAUUUAUCUUCGACUAAUGCAAUAAAUAAUAGUCUAAAUAUACCUGAAGGUUUAGCGACAACAAAUACACGAACAAUGCUUCCAUCGACCAAAGCAAAUUAUAAUAAAUUAAAAAACAUGUCAAAAGUGGAUUUAGCGUCAUUAGCACGGAAGAAAAAGAAACAAGCUGAUCAUGGUAAACGUUCAACAUUCGAAGAAGCACGAGAAGCUAUGGGCCUCUAUCUUGAAUCGGUUUGUUAUUUUAUUAUAUGUGCUAAUGAUGAACCGAAACAAGAUCAACGUAGUGCAUUAUUAACAACAACAUUGACCAUGUUACAACAACUUGCACAAAAUCAUAAAAAAAUGUUUUUUUUAGCAAAUUCAAAUCAAUCGCGUGAUUUAUACAGUCUUCAACAUAAAUUUCUUUUAAUCAACUAUUGGCUUCAAUCGUAUAUUUAUCAUUUACAUUUUAAUACCAAUAUGCCAACAAUUGAACGCUAUGCUAAUCAAGUAACUGAGUAUUUUAAUCAAUUAAAGAAUCCUUCAUCGGCUGCAUCCUUAACAAGAACAACAAAUAUGAAUAUACAGCUACAAUCAACACUUAUGAAUGAUAAUAAUCCAAUAUCACCAUUAUCAACAACAUCACAAACAAGUUCAUCAGAUAUAAGUACAACAAGUGGAAACAAUCAAAAUGAACAACAUCGCUAUAUGUUUGAUUUCUCAAAAUCUAUGUUAAAUUCUUAUUAUUCAACAUAUUAUUGGAAUAAAGCAGAAAUUUUAAUGCGUGAAAAGCCACUCAAAGAAUUUAUUGAACAGUUGUUGAAACAAAAUCAAAAUCGACAUCUAACACGUGAUGAUACAACAUUAAACUUUAUACUGUAUAUUUUUGAUGCCAUCGAGUUGUUACGUUUAAGUGUUGCCUGA